GCUUAACUGUGGGAGUCUGGGCAUGUACAAGCCGGGUGUUGGGAGGAGCUCCAACCUAGAGGUGCUGGAUUUCGUUGUCUUUGCAUACUUUAUGUUGGAAAUGCUCAUCAAGAUGGUGGCCCUGGGAGUCUUUGGUUACACAGGGAGUUACCUUCGCAACAACUGGAACAAGCUGGACCUCCUCGUCAACUCUGUAGAGUUGUUUGGUUAUUUCAUGGAUUCUCUCAGCAUCCACUGGCCAGUCUGUCAAAUGCUCGGGCCGAUGCGACUGAUCGGAAGAGUACCAAGCAUGCGAGACGUGGUGACAGUACUUGUAGGCACUGUGCCCAUGCUUGCAAACGUUCUCGUCCUCUACCUCUUCGUCAUACACAUCUUCGCUGUUGUGGGAGUCCAGCUGUGGGCGGGCGAACUACGCAACCGCUGCUUCCUGGGAGAGGACAUAACCACAAAAUACAACGUGUCCUUAAGCCCAUACUUCAUGACCAAGUAUGGUGAACAUGUCCCAUUUAUUUGUUCGCUUGAUGGCAAUAACGGGAUGCGGCACUGUCACGAUGUGCCCCCUUAUGUCGAGAAUGGGAAAACAUGCUCACUGGCUGCUCCCCAUCAUGCCUCAGCUGCCAAUAGCUUCGUCCCCACGGUGGCAGGUGCUAACUCUUGUGUAAACUGGAACCUGUACUACAAUGUCUGUCGUUCUGGGGACCAGAACCCUCACAUGGGAGUUAUCAACUUUGAUAACAUCGCCUAUGCAUGGAUAACUACGUUCCAGGUUGUCACACUGGAAGGAUGGUCAGAGAUCAUGUUUCUUGUCAUGGAUGCUCAUUCCUCCUGGAGUUUUGUAUUUUUCAUAUUCGUCACAAUUAUGGGCUCCUUUGUCAUGAUGAACGUGUGCGCAGUCGUCAUCACCACCCAGUUCUCGGACAACAUGAGGCAGGAGACAGGAGAGCAGAGUGCUGUUACUGUGUUUGUUAAAUGGAUUUGUCAAAAGUUAGCCUCCUGCCUACGAGGGAUUUCCAGCAGAUCAAACAGACAUCGUAACAAGGUGCACCCCGAUGGUGGCGUCGGCAGGAAUACUGCCUCAGUGGUCUGCAGACCGUACAUUCGAAAUCUUAGGAGGUUUGUUAGAUGUAAGCUCUUCGACAAAGUGAUCAUGAUUGCUGUUUUCUUCAAUAUUCUCACUAUGGCCAUAGAGCAUCAUGGGCAGCCUAAGGAGUUGACAAAAAUGUUACAGAUCAGUAACAUCAUUUUCACCAUCAUAUUCUUCCUGGAGAUGGUCUUAAAGCUGCUGGCUCUCACAUGGACAUACUUUAGGAGCCGAAACAACAUCUUUGACUUUGUCAUCGUUAUCUUCAGUUUGUGGGAGGUAGGGGCUAAAGCCGAUGGCAGGUUGUCAGUUCUGCGUGCGUUUCGUCUGCUGCGGUUUGGGAGGCUGCUUCACUUCCUCCCUCACCUGAAGAGACAACUGCUGGUGCUGAAGAGGACGAUGGAAGAGGCCGCCUCGCUCUUUAUGCUGCUACUGUUUUUCACAUUCAUUUUUAGCAUACUCGGCAUGUACCUGUUUGGUGGUAAAUUUGACUUCAAAACUCGGCACGAAGACACCGUCACUGACCGAAAAAACUUUGACACCCUGCUCUGGUCCAUGGUCACUGUUUUCCAGCUUCUGACUCAGGAGGACUGGAAUCUGGUGCUUUACAACGCCAUGGCUGCCACCUCCCCGUGGUCCGCUCUCUACUUUGUUGCGAUCAUUGUGUUGGGUACACACGUUCUUCUCAAUGUACUCGUGGGCUUAGUGGUUCAGAGCUUCCACACGAGGGACCCCUCAAGUACCAGCGAAGACUCCUCUCUCUCUCCCUGUGGGCCCGACAGCUCCCCUCCAGCCAGCUCGACUUUUGAGAACUCUUCUCAGACAGACGACCGCGAGGAACACGGCUCUCUCUCUAGCAGUGGGUCUGAGGAAGACUCUGCAUCCACCCAGGAGGACAAUGGAUCGCUGAAGUGGAUCCAAAAAGUGGUCCGCUGGUGCAAAGAACGUGAAGAGUGGUCAUUUUUCGUCUUGUCCCCACAGAACAGGUUCCGCAUCUGUUGCCAACGUGUGAUCUCUCACAAGAUGUUCGACCACAUGGUUCUGCUCUUCAUUCUUCUAAACUGUGUCACCAUUGCUAUGGAGAGGCCUGGAAUUGACCCUGAAAGCACGGAGCGAUGGAUCCUGAACAUGUCCCGUUACUUAUUCUCUGGUGUGUUCCUGGUCGAGAUGCUUGUUAAGGUUCUAGCUCUGGGUGUGGUGUUUGGGAAGGAGAGUUACUGCCGCUCUACCUGGAAUGUCAUGGACGGUUCGUUGGUGAUCCUGUCUGUUGUCCACAUUGUUAUCUCUUUGGUCAGUUCGGACAAAAAUAACAUGCUGGGCAUCCUCAAAGUUUUGCGUCUGCUGCGCACACUCCGCUCACUGAGGGUGAUCAAGCGAGCCCCGAAACUGAAGCUGGCUGUUGAGGCUCUGAUUGCCUCGGUUAAACCCAUCGGGAACAUUGUUCUCAUUUGCGUCGCCUUCCUCUUUUUCUAUGGCGUCCUUGGGGUGCAGUUGUUCAAAGGGGCGUUCUUCCACUGUGUGGGUCAGGACACAAGAAACAUCACCAACAAAACCGACUGUCUGUCAGCCAACUAUCAAUGGGUACGAAAGGAGUACAACUUCGACAGCCUUCCUCAGGCACUGAUGUCGUUGUUUGUAAUGUACUCUAAGGACGGCUGGGUGAACCUCAUGUAUGAUGGUCUGGAUGCUGUGGGAGUAGACAAACAGCCUGUGAGGAACAAAAACGAAUGGGUGCUGCUUUAUUUCAUCUCCUUCAUGAUUGUAAGCUUCUUUCUUCUGGACAUGUUUGUUGGUGUGAUGGUGGAGACCUUCCACCAAUGUCAGCAAGAACAAAAGAAAAAAAAUGCAGAGGGAGAAGCAUCACAAGGCCAAUGCAGAGGUAUGGAGAACAAGUUUGUUUCUGAAUCUGAGCAGAUGCCAUAUUACACACAUUACUCCCGCAUCCGUCGGUGUAUCCACACUCUGUGUUCCAGCAACUACCUAGACCUCUUCAUGGCUGCUAUCAUUUUCAUCAGUGUCUUGAUGAUGGCUUUUGAACAUCAUAAUCAACCUCCGUACAUAGAGAAACUCACAGAGUAUUCCUUCUAUGUGUUCACCGUCAUCCUGAUCAUGGAAGUCCUGCUGAAGCUUGUGGCAUUUGGUGCACUGAGAUUUAUACAAGUCAGUUGGAAUCUGCUGGAUCUCGCUGUCAUCUUGGUUUCCAUCAUUAGCAUCGUUUUCAACAAGAUGAAUAUGGCAGAAGUAAUUCCCAUUAAUCCCAGCAUCCUGAGAGUCUGUAGAGUCCUCAGACUAGCACAAGUGCUGAAGGCCAAAAAGAUACGAGUUCUGCUGAAAACCAUCAUCAGUACGCUGUCACAGGUUGGAAACAUUUGUCUGCUCUUCACGUUCUUUUUUUUCAUUUACGCUGCGCUCGGAGUGGAGCUCUUUGGCAAGCUAGAAUGCACUGACGAUUACCCGUGCCAGGGUUUACAUCGCUACGCCAACUUCAAACACUUUGGGAAGGCCCUGCUAACGCUCUACCAAGUGUGCACCGGAGACAACUGGAGCGGGAUUAUGAAGGACACACUGAGGGAGUGUCGUCCUGGUGAUGACAGCUGUUUGAGCUAUCUGUCCUGGGUCUCUCCGAUCUGCUUCACCAGCUUUGUGGUUAUGGCCCAGUUUGUGCUGGUAAACCUGGUGGUGGCAGCCAUCAUGCAAGCUCUGGAGGACAUCAGCAAGAACAAACCUACUCAUUUGUCUCUCCCUCCGGAGGAGGAGGAGGAGCUGGACAAUGAGCGGGCCCAGCUGUCUCCGUCGCAGAGCGCCGACCAGCAGCAGAGUGCCCAAGCAGACUGCAUGGUGAUGUCAGAGAGGACGGAGGCAUGUGUGCUCCCGCAGAUGUGCCGGUAA